GAAAAGCAGCAGUGGCGCGCUGCAGUUGCUCAGCUAAAUAACAAGCACCACGCGGCAUGACCGCGGAGAAGAUUUGAAAGAGCAGCAUACAAAAAUGAGGCGAACAUUGAAUGUACAGCGGGUUCUGAAACUGUUUUACGACGAGGAAGAUAUUUCUUCUUCCUCGUCUUCGUCCGAGGACGAGGAGGAGAAUGACGAAGAUGAAGAGAUGAUAGACCCAUCCUUUGGGUCCGAUGAUGUCGCCAGUGAUGGGAGAUAUGAGCAUUGCGGACCCUCUUGCCGGAGGUCUACCCAGAGAAGGUGUGGGACUAGGAGUCAAACGAGAUCCAGAUCUCCACAACCUGAGCCACUCCAUCACUUGGAGCCUUGGAGAACUGGAAACGACCCUGACAUUGCCCCACCAAUUAGCCCCUUCAUGCCACGGAGACCACCAGGAGCCCAGUUGGACAGUCAUGUCGCCUAUUCACCGCGGGACCUCUUUCAGCUGUACUUUUCUCCAGCCACACUCCACAAACUGUGUGAAAACACCAACAAGCAAGCAGCACGCAAUAAAGAAAUGGGAAAGAAGAACAUCUGGGUUGAUGUCGAUGUUGAGGAACUCUGCAAGUUCAUCGGGCUCCUUAUAUUCACAUCUGUGGUGUCAAUGCCAAACAUCAAAGAUUACUGGAAACAGGACACAAUUACAUCACUGCCGUUUCCAGGCACCGUGAUGCCAAGGGAUCGUUUUCGGAAUCUGCUCACCAACAUUCAUCCGAGUGACCCAGAGGAGGACCGAAAAAAUGACAAGAGGAAGGGAACUCCAUCGUAUGAUAAGUUGUUCAAGAUGAAGCCCCUUAUUGAUGACAUCCUCCGUGCAUGCCAAGCCCACUAUCAUUCGAGGAGGGAAUUGGCUGUGGAUGAAAGACCGGUGGAAAGAAGAACUGGAAAGACCCAAAGCAUGACGGUCAAGCCUGCUAAGUGGGGGAUGAAACUAAUUGUGUUGGUCGACUCCAGCAAUGGUUACACGGUUAGUUUUAAUGUUCAUGUAGAGAAAAAUCACACGGAAACAGAGCACGGGCUUGCUUAUGAUGCCGUGAUGAACCUUAUCCAGCCAUUAUAUCUCUGUACUGGCUACCAUGUUUACAUGGACAAUUUUUAUUCCAGCCCCCAGUUGUUCCUUAAGUUAGCAGAGCUGAAGUUUGGAGCCUGUGGAACAUACAGGGACAACAAGAGCGGAUGCCCAACUAAUAGAGAAAACGCGCUCACUAAAACCUCAGAGAGGGGUGCGGUCAGAUGGAUCAGGGAGGGCUACCUUGUUUUUGUUAAGUGGAUGGACACCCAGGAGGUGUCUAUGUGCUCCACGAUCCAUCCGGCGUUUUCUGGGGAGGUGGUCAAGAGAAGAGUGAAGGACGAAGACGGCCGCUGGUCAACAAAAGAGAUCUCCUGCCCUACCCCGGUCAUUGCCUACAACAGAAACAUGUGCGGUGUUGACCUGUCGGACCAGCUGUUGCAGUACUACUCCACCAACCGAGAAACUGUACACUGGUGCCGCAAAGUUUUCCUGCACCUUGUGGACAUUGCUGCCACUAAUGCCUACCUUCUCCAAUGUGAAAUCAGCACCUCAAACCAGAUGAAGCCCAUGUCCCGCAAGGACUUUCAAACAGAGCUGGCGGCUCAGCUAUGUGGUGUGGACUGGAGCGACAGGACAUCCAGUAAAAUUCCAGGUCACGUUCCUGUUCCAAUUGCUGUGGUAACAGACUCGCGCUUGAAAACCACACAAGGCCGCAGGAAGUGUAAACAUUGCCAUCAAAUGGGCAGAAGGAACCUCACUCCUUGGAUGUGCAAGUCCUGCAAUGUGUCAUUGUGUGUUAUUUUGGACAGAAACUGUUUUGAAGAGUGGCAUACGUAAUGGGAAAACAAAACUGGCCCAUUUCAUAUAGUUUGUAAUCAGGGUGGGAUACAAAGCUUACGAUACAAUUGUGAUAUGACGAUCUCACAAUAUGGUGAUACAACAAUUAUCGCUAGAUUGGUCAUCAUCAAUAUAUUCUACAAAACAACAAACAGAAAAGCAAGCUUCUGCUGUGAAUUGGAAUGAGUUUAUCACUAGUAGACGUACAAUCCAUUUGAACUGGGAGGGUUCAAAUGGAUCCCUCCCACUUCAAACGGAUUGAACGUCUUUGGCCGUCAGUGGCAGCCAAUGCCAGGUAACGAGGUAAUUUUGAGGCGUUUAAGGUCCUGUUGACUUUGGGUUACAGAACAGGAAGUGACACAGGAAUCUUCCAAAUGAUUAGGCAGUGACUCAAACCCACAGGAAGUGACCUGGAAAUGCCCUAAAAUUAGGGGUGUAACGGUACACAAAAAUCUCGGUUCGGUACGUACCCUGGUUUUGAGGUCACGGUUUAGUUCAUUUUCGGUACAGUAAGAAAACAAAAUAUAAAUGUGCUAGUUCUUUAUUACACACCUUUCAACAAUAGGAACAUUAGCCUAUACAAAGCUAGAAUUCUGCUCAAAAAGUAGCGGGUAUUUAAAGAUAAUCCAACAAUAAUUUGCCUUUCAGACCCCGCGUAUUUGUCAGCUUUCUUUCUGAAAGAAAGAAGAAAAAAGUCCUGUGCUAAAGAGAAAAGCAAUCCCAAUGACAAAGAUUUUAACAUGUAUUUUACAAAUGAAAUGCCUCAAUGAAUCAUUUUUUUCUUCUUAUGAACUGAUAUCAAAAGCUUUAUUGGUGGAAGCGCCACACAGAAAUUAAUAAAUUUAAUUGUGUAAGCAGGAUCUGUUUAUUAUUAUUUAAUUACAGGUGUUUUAGCUCAUUUCAUUUUAUUUAAAUGGGCUAUCAUUUAUUUUAUUAUGUGUGUAUAUUUUACAAAUGUGAUGUAGUAUUCAUUUAUAUUGUAUAUUCUAUGUUGUAUAACUUUAGUUCCUAUGCGAAUAUUAGUUCCUUCUUGUUUUGUUGUGGUAGGAGGGUUUUGUAUUAAACUCAGGGCUGUGUUGGUUAUUAUUAUAGCAGAGAAGACAGCAGUAAAUCAACUAAAACAAGUAAACUGUGCCCCGAUCUAGCACUCAAGAGAUCUGAUGGACUCAAAAAGUGGGUUACGAUUGCAUAUUAGUUUGAAAAUCGACCGGAUCCACCGUAUUUUUACGCGAGUGACUUCCGGUCUCCCCGAUCCUAGCUACCGGCAGUAGUAUUGGUGCAGGAGGGUCGAGUCUCGCGUCAAAUAAUAAACUCUGCCGUUCUUUUCGCGUGCGUCGUGUUGAGCCGCUUCUGGGACGAGUCUAACACGCGGUCGCACUGCGACUGGUGUGCAUUGGCUGAUUGACUUUAACGCCCGUGUUUUGCGGCGGCCACAUUGUCGCGCCAUUGAUGUUUCUGGGUUAUACUGUCCUACCGUGUUGGUCCUCAUUAUAGCUUUAUAUAGCAUUAUAGCAUUACCGAAACGGUUCAAUACAUGUACAGUUACACCCUUACCUAAAAUGAAUAGAAAGUGACCUGUAAAUGGCCUGAAAAUCGGAAAGAGUGUCUGUGAAUGCUCUGUUCAUUCGCCCCACCCAGUCUAAAUGGAUUGGAUCACCAUCAACGGCAGCCAUUGAGUUAACUGAGACACUAUUAUGAUAAGAUUUUGGUAGCAACUUGUUUCUUGCUUUUUUACUUUGAACACUGACACAAUUUUAAAACGAUAUCUUGGCUGGAUCAUAUCGAUAACCUUUUGGGAUACAAAGUAUCACAAUAUUAGUAUCACAAUUCAAUAUUUUGUCACACCCCUAGUUCGAAAUAUUUGUAGAUAAUAUGAUGGCAUCUCAAUUGUCUCAAUGGCACAUUUGCACUGGAGAAUGCCAAGCUGUUUGAAAAGUCGCACCUGAAGUUUUACUUUAAAAAAAAAAAAAAAAAAAAAAAAAGCCUAAAUUUUUUUUUUUUUUUAAACGAUGUCUUUAUUUCAAUUGAUCAUAAUCAUGUUUCCACACUGUUCUUUUUCAAGUUACAAAACAGUUCAUUCGGUAUAAUUUGGGUUUUUUAUUGUGAUAACUAGUAUAUAUUUUAUUCAGGUUUUUCUUCAGAUUUUUGACCUAUCGUCAUGAAGUAGGUUAUAGUGAAAUAAAUUGUUCAUAUAGAUGAAGUUGUGUUGGAAAAAAAACAAGCAUGUCUUAAACAUUUUUUAAUAAUAAUAAUAAUACAUUUUAUUUAUAGAGCGCUUUUACCGGUGCUCAAAGGCGCUUUACAGUUGAGGAAGAAAAUAAAUAAAGCUCACACAACGUGGGCAGUAGACAAUUGAGAAAGAAUUACAAAUUAAAAGCCAGUUUAAAAAGGUGAGUUUUUAACAAUUUUUUGAAUGUGGAAAUAUUAGAACAGGUGCGGAUGGUUUUAGGGAGUGCGUUCCAAAGUGAGGGGGCAGCAACGGAGAAGGCUCUGUCCCCCCAAGUACGGUGUGUUAUUUGUGGGGGCAGUGCGAGAAUGUUUCCAUUAGAUGAGGGGGGGUGACGGGAGGGGG